AUGGUGAAGAAUGUGUUUAGCAGAAUUGAUUUGUCGAGUUUCGUUACAGGUUCAACAGAACAUACGUGGGAACCAACAAUGUCGGCAGAGACAAACAUACCAAGUUACUGGCUUAACUGGAGAUUCUUCUUAUGCGCAAUCUUUGUCUUAACGUCUCUGUUUCUGUCUUCUUUCUUGAUUUGGAAAUACGAAGGACCAAGAAAACGCAAGAAACGUGGUGAUGAUCAGAGAGAAGAACACAUAGGAGCUGUGUUAUACGAUGAUGAGACUUGGAACACUUGUGUUAAAGGGAUUCAUCCGAAUUGGCUUCUCGGUUUUCGAGUUUUCGGUUUUGUUGUUCUUCUUGGACUCAUCUCUGGUAAUGCUAUUGCUGAUGGAGCCGGCAUUUUCAUCUUCUACACACAAUGGACUUUCACAUUGGUCACAAUCUACUUUGGGCUUGCAGCAUUGGUGUCCAUAUACAGAUUUAGAUCUGGUGAUGACGGUCAAAACGAAGUCAGUUCAGUAGAUGAAGAGCAAGGGUCUUAUAGACCUCCCGUUAAUGGCGAAAACCCGAAUGACUUUAAAUCUUCAAACGGACACGAGAGAAACAACAUGUCUACUCGUCAGAUGGCAACUACAUUGGGUUACAUCCACCAGAUUCUUUUUCAAACUUGUGCAGGGGCUGUAUUGCUUACAGAUGGAGUGUUUUGGUUCAUUAUCUACCCUUUUCUCACAUCCAAAGAUUUCAGUCUUGACUUUUUCAUUGUGAUUAUGCAUUCGGUAAACGCUGUUUUCCUCCUCGGCGAAACUUUCCUGAAUUCUUUGCGAUUCCCAUUGUUUAGGAUUGCAUACUUUGUGGUAUGGACCGGCGUAUUCGUGCUAUUCCAAUGGAUUGUUCAUGCUUGUGUCUCCUUCUGGUGGCCAUACCCAUUCUUGGAUUUAUCAUCACCUUAUGCUCCUUUAUGGUAUGCAGCGGUUGGAUUGAUGCAUGUACCAUGCUUUGGAAUAUUUGCUUUGAUCGUAAAGUUGAAGUAUAUGUGGCUCUCAAGAUGUUUCUCAGAAGAAUCAUAG